AAAUGUAUCUUUAGAUCUCAAACAAAAGUGUCAUAGGGGAUCCGGAGAGUAACGAGGGGCAACCUACAGGACACAGUUGUUCACUGGAUAUUUUACCGUUUUAUAGCCUGGAGCUAAGGGAAUCUUACAGAAGCUCAGAACAGGGUUCAGAAUGAGUCUUUUUAUGAUAAGUGAAAAUGUAAAACUAGCUCGAGAAUAUGCCCUGCUGGGGAACUAUGACUCUGCCAUGGUCUACUAUCAAGGUGUUCUGGACCAAAUGAACAAAUAUCUGUAUUCUGUCAAAGACGCUUAUCUACAACAGAAAUGGCAACAGGUGUGGCAAGAAAUAAAUGUAGAAGCCAAGCAUGUGAAAGAUAUCAUGUCUACUCUGGAAAGUUUUAAGUUGGACAGUUCCCCGGUAAAGGCCGCUCAGCAUGAAUUUCCAGUUCCGGAUGGAGAAGUUUGGUCUUUACCAGUACCAGUUGAGCGAAGGCCUUCGCCUGGACUGCGUAAACGUCAGUCUGCUCAAUACAAUGAUAAUCGAGUAAAUAAUAAUCGAUUGAGCGCAGCUGUGAAAGGACCAAAUCAGCCUUCCUCAAGAAAUUCUAAUAACGUCAAAGUGAAACCUGGCCGUCCACGAGAAAAAAAGGAUCCCCUUAGUAAAGUGAAAGAAGAAAAGAAUAAAUCUUCUGCAGAUGUGUCAGAGAAUGAGCCUAAGAAAUUUGAUGGCACCGGAUAUGACAAGGAUCUGGUAGAAGCUCUGGAGCGAGAUAUAAUUUCACAAAAUCCAAAUGUUCGAUGGGAAGAUAUUGCAGACCUGGAAGAAGCAAAGAAAUUGCUAAAAGAAGCUGUAGUAUUACCUAUGUGGAUGCCAGAGUUUUUUAAAGGAAUAAGACGACCAUGGAAGGGUGUACUGAUGGUCGGACCACCUGGAACAGGCAAAACCCUUUUAGCAAAAGCAGUAGCCACAGAAUGCAAGACAACAUUUUUCAACAUUUCAUCAUCCACACUUACUUCAAAGUACAGAGGUGAAUCUGAGAAACUAGUUCGUCUUUUGUUUGAAAUGGCUAGGUUUUAUGCACCAACAACAAUAUUCAUUGAUGAGAUUGACUCCAUAUGCAGCCGCAGAGGUACCUCUGAAGAGCACGAAGCCAGCAGGAGAGUGAAAUCUGAACUUCUGGUUCAGAUGGAUGGUGUAGGUGGUGCAUCUGAAAAUGAGGAUCCAUUAAAAAUGGUUAUGGUCCUUGCAGCUACUAACUUUCCAUGGGACAUAGAUGAGGCUUUAAGAAGACGCUUGGAGAAGAGAAUUUACAUUCCUUUACCAUCAGCUAAUGGGAGAGGGGAGCUUCUACGAAUUAAUCUUCGAGAGUUGGAGUUGGCAGAUGAUGUUGACAUUGAAAAUAUUGCAGAGAAUAUGGAUGGUUACUCUGGAGCAGAUAUUACCAAUGUAUGCAGGGAUGCAUCUUUGAUGGCAAUGAGGAGACGUAUUGAAGGGUUGACUCCAGAAGAAAUCCGAAAUCUAUCCAGGGAUGACAUGCACAUGCCUACUACCAUGAAAGACUUUGAAAUGGCUUUAAAGAAAGUUUCAAAGUCUGUUUCUGCUUCAGACAUUGAAAAAUAUGAGAAGUGGAUUGAGGAGUUUGGGUCCUGUUAGUGUCUUGGCAUUUAAUGUUUCAAAUGAUCAUAUAUCUUGCAUUCUUGUUUUGCAUAUUUUAAAAUUGUUUUUUUUCUAAUUAUGUGACUCUUAAAAUAAUAAUAAUAAUAAUAAAAGCACAGUUUUUGAUUUUA